AUGAUCCUUUCAGGUAUCGCCAUAUCCUCGGCGAGAGCCGUGGUCGUGGCUCUUAUUCGGGCAAAAGCAAAAUCGGGGCGAGAUGAUGACUCUGGAGAGAUCUCCCCCAUCAGCCUGGAAGAGGUGGACUCUCUCGAGGCCAUUGUUAUCAUCGACAAUGAGCUGGAUCCGCUAUCACCCCCAGCCCCGGACACGGUCAAGGUUUCAGGAAACCUGGGGUCUAUUGCCAUGGGCUCAGAGCACACAUUAACCGACCGUGGAGAAGCCUGCAAAGAGCUCAGGCUCGGAGAUGUGUGCUGCGCAGCGCAUGGCUUGUCAAUUCUUGUGACUGCCACGAAAGGCGACAGAAAGCACGCUAUUCUCUUCGAUGCUGGUCCUGAAGAAGAGGCAUGGGAGAGAAAUGUCAAACGGCUGCGCCCGAAUCUCUCCUCUGUGGAAGUGGUCCAUCUAUCGCACUGGCAUCGUGAUCACUCAGGCGGGCUUCUUCGGGCAAUUCGCAUGAUCAACGAUGCCAAACGGGCCGAAGGAUGCUCUGAUGACCUCGUCGUGGAUUUGCACCCAGAUCGACCGGUCUAUCGAGGCAUUGCUCUGCACGAUCAUAUCAUUUCCCUCGAGGCAGAUCCUACCUUUGAGGAGAUAGAAGGUGCGGGUGCCGUAGUCGACAAGCAGAGCGAGCCCCAUACCGUGCUUGAUGACUUUUUUCUCGUCUCUGGGGAGAUCCCGCGAGUGACACCGUACGAGACAGGUCUGAAGAACUCAGUGCGAUAUGAUCCUGAUGAAAAUGACUGGUUCUCCGAUGAAGCCAUUGUUGACGAGCGUUCUCUGAUCUGCAAUCUCAAAGGAAAAGGCCUUGUCGUUUUCACUGGAUGUAGCCAUGCCGGCGUGGUCAACACCACCAAGCACGCCCUCCAACUCACGGGUGGCACGAUCCCUCUCCAUGCCGUGGUCGGCGGGUUUCAUCUAGCCACGAGCGAUGCAGAUCAAAUCGAAGACACAGUCGCAGAUCUCAAAAAACUCGAUCCCGCCGUGCUCAUGCCAGGUCACUGUUCCGGCUGGCGCGCCAAGUUUGCCAUUGAAAAGCAGAUGCCGGGAUCAAUGGUACCCUGUACCGUGGGAUCAAGAAUCAGCUUCUGA